GGCUGCUCUUCUCACCAGCUCUCGACGACUUUCAUGUCUCGAGCACCACCCUUUCCGGCUGCCUCAAACCGACGUCCACGCUCUCCGUCUUCUACUAAUGGCGUUGACCCGUAUGGGACUAACACUAAACCCCUACAGAUCGGUCGAGCACCUGCUCGUCCGACCACUCCCAGCAAUAAUUCCAUGAUAUCAGUCUCCAGCUCUCCUAGCGGACCGUCUCGCCCACAACGCUCAGAGCUCAGGUCUCGUCAAGUAUCAGAUGUCUCUACAGGAUCUGGUUCUAUAUCUUCUCGUCCCGCGCGCCCCUCCAGAGACCGGAGAGACAGCUCGGGUACUACAACAUCAGAGGUAUCAUUGCCCAACCCGUAUCGCUCACGAAACGACAGCAAUGCUACUAUCUCAUCAGGCCGACCUCAGCCUCGGCGUCUCCGGUCUGGCACGACGGAUACCACUGCUUCCGACCAGACAUCACCUAAGGCAUUAGCCAACGUCAUGUCUGCAUUUCAAGCCGUCCGAAAGAAGACGAUCGAUGGUGACGAUGAGUGGGAGGCGGAGCGACGGCGUGCUACGCAGGAAGAACAGCAGAGGCAGAAGCGAAUACGGGAUAAAGUCCCUGGGCGGCGCGUGAACGGCAAAGCAAAAGCAGGCGAUAUUGAUGCCGUGUUGGAUCAAAUCAAGGAUGAAUGGGAGUUUGUCGUCGAUCCAGAUUUCAACCCCGUCGACCUUGCUCUUCAAAUACUCGACGAAUCGUCUUCCGGGAAAGAUAUGGAGUCCUUCCGACAGACGAAGCACAUGCUUUCGCGCGCCUUGAAGGGAUCGGUUGAUAAGCACUACCAAGCCUUUGCUGCCUCACUACCUCACCAUGCUUCCCUACUCAACCACCUCGGAUCGUCACAAACUCAGAUAAAGGAAGCUCGAACAUCAUUGCAAGAAUCGAAAGAGGCUCUCGGCAACCGACGCGCCGACUUGGUACAGAUGUGGAAUCGUGGUCAGAUCCUGGAGGAGAUGCUGCGAAUAUUGGAUCAGAUUGAACGUCUCAAACUCGUUCCCGAUGUCCUCGAAAGCCUCAUGUCUGAGAAGCGGUUGCUCCACGCAGCCAUACUCCUUGUACGAAGCUUGAAGAUCGCUAACAGCCAGGAUAUGAUGGAUAUCGGAGCUGUAGCUGAUCUACGAGGUUAUUUGAUUGGGCAAGAGACGGCUUUGCGUGAGAUCUUAAUUGACGAGCUCCAUAGCCAUCUAUAUCUCAAGUCUUUUUGGUGCGACAGCCGAUGGGCAUCGUAUACACCAAAUCAACAGAGCAUGGUCGAUGUUGAAUUUGAGAACGAGCCGUUAUCUAGCAAAUUCGAUUCCAAAGUACCCUCAACACCUACGUCCCCCGAUCUCCCCACGUCUUCCUCCUCACGUCCGACUCGAUUAUCUCGAUAUCUCAACGAUCUCGCGCUCCGCCCAAACAACCCACCAGAUGACUUUGAAGGUUCAAACUUCCGACACAGCAUGUCCCUCGGAGGCGGCAACUCGUCAUCAGGCACAACGUUCUCCAAUCCCAGCAGCUCCUUACCCGUAUCUUCCACCGUGGCGGCGUUUGGCCACCUUCUAACAGCCCAAGAGGACGAACAGGGCAAGAAUCCAGAAACUGACUCCUUUGCAUAUCUCGAGACUUUGUUGGAGUCUCUCGCCGUACUAGGAAAGCUCGGCAGUGCAUUGGACGUCGUUGCACAGCGGCUACCCAGUGAAGUCUUCCAGCUCAUCGAGGGCACGAUCGAAGAAGUUGGAGAACGGGCUGAGUACGCCCGACGAUCGUCGAUUCUGAUCACCAGUCCUGCAAGUUCUGCAGCAGGCAAGGUGAAUUCGGCGUACGUGCUAGUAUCAGGCGAUGGCACAGUUAGUUCGGCGGGACCAUUAGUUGCACGAAGAGCGGGAUCGCGUGCGGGUGUUGCUGUCAGUGCGCUACGGCUGCGCUUAGCGGCGUUGGAGGGAUCGUCAAAACAUGCUGAGCAUGAAAUCUUGAGGGAUCUGUUUUGGACGCUUUACUCUAAGCUGGAUGCUGUGACUCAGGGUCUUCGGGUCGUAUACGAGGUUUCUAAUCGAAUAGGAAGUAGACGAGACUUCAAAGACUCCUCCGGUGCAAAACCGGGAUCCUUGUUCAACCUCGCAGAGAUCUGGAUGCCCGUGCAAGCAGAGGUACGGACGCUUCUAAACGACUACCUGACAGAUGAAGAACAAGGCGCUAUGGCCGGUCGAAAUCCAAUCUCAUCCAUUAACGAUGUCUUACGGGAAGGCAGAUUUACUCGAGACAAAGCAAAGCACGUCUUCCGCUUCGCCGACACAGACCUCAAGAUGUCGAACAAAAUGUUGAAGCCCCACGAAGAAGAGCUGAACCGCGUACUCAGAGACACAGUCCCCGGUCUCGUACAAGGCUCAAACGAUUCUACCGUACAAUCUACUCUCUCAUCAGUAGGGACGGACGAGCGACUCCUAGGCAUGGAUCAACAUCACCGACUGCUCAUCAAGCCAGAUGCGUUCCAUGUGAGCGUCCUCUUCCAGCCAACGCUCACUUUCCUGGAUCGAGUCGCCGCGAUUCUGCCCGCGGGUCAAGAGUCUGCGCGAACCUCGAGUGCCGUGCUGGAUGACUUCGUUGCAAAAGUGUAUCUUCCGCAGCUCGAAGACAAGGUCUCGCUAUUGUUCCAUCAUGCUGUAACUGGCUCCGAAGCUUUCCAACCUGACCCCGCCUCGGCAUGGUUAUCGGAGCAACCUCUUGUAAACGCGAGCACCCAGCUCAUGUCGUUAAUCAACUCUCUCUGCGCAAUGCUCCGCACGACGCCCUUCCACCGAGAAAACUACGCGAGGCUAAUCCUCACGGUGAUCAUCCAGUUUUACCAGCGAUGCAGUGAUCGCUUUCAGGCGUUGGUUUCGCCUGUCAGUGCCGACGAGGCACCUGCAGAGACCAGAGUGGCGUUGGCUUCGCAGUGGGCGCAGAAGGCUGAACUCAUACCCACUCUUACGGAGUUGAUGAAUAUAGACGAAACCGAUACGGGUGGCAAACGCAGACUAUGCAAGCAAGAGGGCGAGAUCGAGAGGGGCUUCUUGGGAGAGGAGAGCAUAACGAAGGAGGAUCUCGUUAUGCCAAUGCGAAAUCUUUCGUCCUUGUGCAAUCUGCACCGCAGUAUUUCAUGGUUUUGGAAUGCACUGCACCAGUUGAAAGCCGUUGCGGAGGAUGCUACUUUGUCACCCACUACACCGAUGAGGCUUGACCCAACCAGCGCCACUACGCCGUACACGCCGUAUAUGCCUUUUAUCCUCCCCGUCUCCGCAGAGGACGAAUUACAACUUCCGCUAUCGCGGGAUAUGGCAAUGCGCUUCCAUUCCUUGCUCAAGACAUAUGAGUUGCUCGCCGAGAUUGUUUUGUUUACCAUUCGUGUCGACAUUCGGUGUCGAGUUGGGCAUUACCUCGACUUGGCCUUCAGAUACGGAAACUAUCAUCCGGAUCGCGAGAUGGGUGAACCCGACCCUCACAUCAUCGACCUCAACAUCGAGCUCGGAGAGUGCGAUGACGUAGUCUCGACUACAUUGCCCCCAGAAGACCAACGAUUCGUCUUCGAAGGUCUGGGACUACUCAUGGAAGAGCUCUUGAUAUCGAACGCUCAGAAGAUCCAUGGUGCUAAUGCGUUCGGCAUGAAGAAAAUGAGUCGGAACAUGCUUGCUCUUCAACAGUGUGUGAAGACCAUCGCGCGAGAUUCGCGGGACACGGAGUUCGAGCGAGCAAAGCAGUACUAUGCCCUCUUCUCUCAGAACCCGGCGGAUAUGCUGAGCAGUAUUCGAAAGAAGCAGGUCUUCACCUUCGAUGAGUACAAGACCAUGCUGGACCUGCAAUGUGGCGUAGACCCAAGCCAGGCGAAGAAUGGCGCUUCGCAGCCCACAGACAGGAACUAUAGCAUGUAUGUCAUCGAUCUGCAUGGACUGGAGCUCGAAAAAUCAUGAGCUACGAGUGAGCACGGACUGGAUCUGGUGUAUUUAUUUCUCUGGUAUCCCAGGAUUAUAUCCGUACAUAUACCAUCUCAUCAUAGUUUUUUGUUCUUCACCUUCACUGUCGCUUUCCCAACUUCUUCGUCAUUCGUCGAUGGAUCUUUUACGGACUGUUGUAACCAAGCCUCGUCGAUAAUAUCCGUUUCUGGAAGC